UAAUUUUUGCCAACGAGUUCAAAUGGAGUCGAGCCUUUCGGUGACAUAACAGAGAGGAGGAAUACAACACAACUGAGGUUAAGGGAGGAAAAAAAAAGGGUUUGAAGCAGUAGGUAAGAGCCUUUUGGCGGGGCAUAACGAAGAGGGAUAUCAUGCUGGCCAGAAGGUUGGUUUCUUUCUUCAAGAAUUCUCCAUCUUCCAAGCUUUCCAGCAAUGGAACUUCUGUGAAUGACGAAAAGAACAAGUCGUUUGCUGGUAAAGCGGUUUCUUUUAUCUUGAUUACGGUAACAGGCGGUGUUGCUUUGAGUGCUGUUGAUGACCUUGCCAUCUACCAUGGCUGUAGCAGAAAGGCAAUGGAGAAAGCUGGUAAGAAUCAAGCAAUCAUAAAUGCUAUUGGGGAACCGGUUAAGAAGGGACCAUGGUACAAUGCUUCUCUUGCUGUAGCUCACAAGAGGCAUUCUGUAUCUUGCACAUUCCCUGUAUCUGGACCACAAGGCAAUGGAGUAUUACAAUUGAAGGCAGUUCGUAAUGGAGAUGAUAAUUGGUAUUCAUAUGUCCUACCUCGGGACUGGGAGAUCCUAAUAAUGGAAGCCCUCCUAUAUGUCCCGGGGAAUGAAGAGAAGCAGCAAACAUUACGGAUUAGUCUCCUUGAAAAUGCACCUUCUCCGUCUUGCGUAGCGUGCACUGAAUGCAAGCCUCAACAAUCUGAGAAUCAAGAGAAGAAAUAGUGGAGGAGGUGAUGAAUCUUAUCUUUUUUAUCUUGUUAGUAGCAGAGAAAGACGUCCGUAUCUGAAUGUAUACCUGAAAAGAAUAAAUUUUGAGAGACCAAUUGAUGUUGUCAUUUUCAGGCAGGUAGAGUUCAAAUAAAAAUUCAUUCUGAGAUAUUUAUUUGAUGAAA